UACGUCUAGUAUCUACGGGCCACUUCCUACUCAGUAGUCACUAGUCAGUAAUCAGUAUACAUCUACAGCAUAGAAAGUUUUUUAUUUCGCUGUUCCUCCAAGUUUGUUAAUUCUAAAAUAAAAUGGCUACUGAGGUCGAGGAAACUAUCAAAAGAAUUCAAGCUCAUAAAGGUGUUAUGGGUGUCGUCAUUGUAAACCACGAAGGUAUACCAAUAAAGACGUCAUUGGAUAAUGCAACUUCUGUGUUAUAUUCUGGUCUUAUAAGUCAGUUGACAGAAAAAGCAAGGAAUGUUGUUCGUGAAAUGGAUUCCACUAAUGAGCUGACAUUCCUUAGAGUUAGAAGCAGGCGCCAUGAGAUAUUGAUUGCCCCUGAUCGAGAGUUCAUACUUAUUGUUAUUCAAAAUACAUCUGACUAGUCCAAGUAUAUAUUCUCAUAAAUACUAAGGGUAGAAAAAGUAAAUAUGUGCUGAUUCCAAACACCUUAAUAAAUGGGCUAUAUAAAUGUGAAAAUCUAUUAAAAGUAAAUCUUUAUUUAAAUUCAAAAAUUCGUAGCCACAUAGCAAUUCUUCUAUAUUACCUUUAGUAUUUAUGUAAACUUCUCUUAUGACAAGCAUUGUAUUCAGUUUAGUAGUUGAGUUUUAUUUUAUUAUUUGCUGUGAUUACUAAAUUUAAAAAUAUAAUUUUGUAAUAGGUAGUUUCACUUAAUCUUAAAAAUCUCUCAGUAAAUGUGUGACGUCACAGAACAAUGACAUAACCAGGUUAACAAUUAAGCUUAAUUUUUUGUGGCUAUUAUUUAUUUUAAUAAACUUUACACUUAUA